AAUACGUACCUAGUACAAUGUUGUGAUUUUUGGACCCAUCACAACCAUUCAUCGGCCUACCCACGAUCCUUCCCCGGAGAUACUUCCAACAAUCUAAAUACACAUUUCUUUAGCUGCACUAUAGCUGCCACAUCAAGACUUGACGCAGCAAGCAUUAUAACACGCACUACAUUGUCCCUACAAAAGACUCAACCUCUCUACCUCACAAAAGACUUACAAGCUUUUCUUCCCCACCGAUGAUUUCUCCCUCCAAUCCGCCAUGACCAAUCGUAAGUUGGCAAUCUUAUCGUCCCUUAUCGUCGUUUUUGUUCCAGCACCGGUCUUGGCGGACUGCACGUGCAAUGGCGAAACCGAGCAGCGCAACAAGAGCGAGGCCCUCAAGUUCAAACUCGUCGCUAUUGCUGCAAUACUGGGGGCUGGUGGCAUUGGCGUGAGCCUCCCACUUCUCGGCAGGAAGUUCAAGCCCCUUCGGCCCGAAAAUGAUGUUUUCUUCAUGAUCAAGGCAUUUGCUGCCGGCGUGAUACUAGCGACCGGAUUCGUUCACAUCCUUCCUGAUGCAUUCGAGACCUUAACGUCUCCUUGCCUUGCAGGGAACCCGUGGGGGAAAUUUCCCUUUACGGGGUUCAUCUCGAUGAUGGCAUCUAUAGGCACAUUAGUAGUGGACACAGUCGCCACCAGCUUCUACGAGAGUUCGCACCUCAACAAGGCUAAGCAGGUGAGUGUGGACGAAGAGGCGGGUGAUGAUGAGCGUGCUGGCCAAGUGCACAUGCAUAGUCACGCCGCACACAGCCAUGCUCAUGGAGCCGACGUUUCGGCCCAGGAAACAAGCCUGCCGGAUCUUGUCCGACAGCGCAUAAUAUCACAAGUAUUGGAGCUGGGAAUUGUGGUGCACUCAGUGAUCAUUGGGAUCUCACUCGGGGCUUCCAAGAGCCCUGAAACCAUAAAACCUCUGUUGGCAGCUCUGUCUUUUCACCAGUUUUUCGAGGGUAUGGGGCUUGGUGGAUGCCUCUCCCAGGCGAAAUUCAAGUCAUUGACAACAACGAUCAUGACCGUGUUUUUCUCCUUGACUACGCCAUUCGGGAUUGGGGUUGGAAUUGGAAUUUCAAGUGUUUACAAGGACAGUAGCCCCACAGCCCUCAUAGUUGAGGGG